UCAACGUGCAUAGGAUAUCCGGUGAAAUCCGAAGAAAGCGUUCAGCAGGAGUCGAUUUUCCUCGGGAACUGAUUUUCGAGUUUGAGAUGGAGUCAGGAAAAGUAGAGCUAAAUUUGCAGCGGAGUGUUCACCCCAGAAAAGUAACCCCUGUAUUUACAAUAGAUGGUGACAAUGUGGUCAAAACAAAGGAUGCACUGCAGGUCAAUUUUGGAGUAUAUCAAGAUUCGUCUCUUGGUGCCUCUGUCAUUGUGAAAAGCCCAUAUGUAACUACAGAUCACUGUGAAAUAUUUGGGUCCUUUACACACGGCAGUCAGCAUUAUCAGAUAGAACCCAUAGUGCCACUGUACCGGAAACGCCGUUCAGAUGAAGAAGCGACGUCAGGAGAAUUGCAUUCUGGGUAUAUCAGACACAGAAUUAGAAGACAGUCAAAUCCUUAUGGCGACUUUGCCGGAGAUGAACUACUUCCACCCCCCGACACUUCCGGUUUGAACAGAGGUUAUGAAGUACCGCCAUAUCCAGGUACACAUUACAAUGCAGACGACAACUCGGUUCCAGUAGUUCAACUGCAGAUGUCCAAACCUCAGGAUCGUAUAUUUGGAACAACAACAGAAGAAUAUGAAAGUGAUGUUCUUCUUCCGUCAUCCUCCGACUCAAGGCGCCGGCGACAAACGGACGAAACUUUGUACAUUGAAUACUUGGUUGUUGUUGAUUAUAAAAAUCUAGAAAGAUGGAAGGCAAAGGUGGGAGGAAGUACAGAGGACGAACGAGUUGAUAACGCAUUUGAUGCAAUGCACGAGUAUUACCAGUUUGUUGUUAACGGUAUUGACGUCAGAUUUCGUACAGCUACAGGUAAUGACGGGCCUGAAAUUCGUGUGAAUUUCGCAACUCUUUUGAUAUCAACAGAAGAAGCGACGUCACCUUGGAUAAAGAACAACAUGUUGAGUCCAAAUUCUGUGGACGAUGCCGGUGUCUUACUAGAUUUUGCCACGUGGAAAAACUCUGUCAUACAAUACCUUCCAUCACACGAUCAUGCUGGAUUAUUUACCGGAUUCGACAUUGCAACGCCCUCUUCACGGAAUCCAAUCGGUAUGGGAUAUCUAAAUUCGAUUUGUCACAACACGUGGGCUGUGUCUGAGAUAGAAGAGACGUAUAAUGCCGUAACGAUACAUAUAGCAGCACACGAACUCGGACACAACAUCGGAACCCGUCACGACGGAAACGGAAAUGGCUGUCCAUCAUCGUCACUGUAUCUGAUGGCUCCCCGCUUACCAUUUAUAUAUAACGCAAACAUAAGAACCAACCCGUGGACGUUUUCAUCGUGUUCCCAGAAUUCAAUUAAAACACACAUUGCUGGAUUGGGAAGCGACAAUUGCUUGACAAAUGUCCCAGCAAGGUCCAGUCUAAAUGAAGAUAUGCCCGGUUUACGAUACACCGCAGAUCAACAAUGCAAUAUGACUUACGGGAACGACGCUGUCUUAUGUAGGGAUAAUCUGUACUAUCAGUGGGACUCUAUAUGCUAUGCCAUGCAGUGUAAGAAAAAGGGUGACAACUCCUGCACAGAUCAAAUAUUUCCUUUUGAUGGAACACCAUGUGGUGACAAAAAAUGGUGCCAGUCUGGGGAAUGUGUUUUAUCCGAAGAUGCUCCGUCAUACAACGAGGAAUGCCUAUUUGGGGACGAUCCUAAUGUAGACUGUACUUUACCCGGCUCCUGUGACGAGAGCAACAUAUACAGCAGUAAAGUACGGUGCUGUGGCACGUGCUCUCAAACCACAUCAACGUCUACAUCAACCCCUUCCACUACAACAAGUACAACAGAAACUCCAACAACUUCAAGUACGACUUCUACACCAAGUACGACUUCUACACCAAGUACGACUUCUUCGACCACAAGUACGACGUCUUCAAUUUCUACAUCAAGUACGACUUCUACACCAAGUACGACUUCUACAUCAAGUACGACUCCUUCAACCACAAGUACGACAUCUUCAUCUUCGACAUCAAGUACGACUUCUUUGACCACAAGUACGACGUCUCCAUCUUCCACGCCGAGUUCAACGUCAAAAUCUACCACUUCUUCACAGAUCUCAACAGAACUUACAACCAUUCAACCAACUUUAGAACUUUCGUUUGAACUCCAGACAAUGAUUUCUUUGUUUAUCAGUUCAGCCUUAGUAAUUUGAUUCGGUUUUGUUGUAUAUUGAAUGGUUUAAGACCUCUUUCUUUCGUAAAUUCUGUUAAAUGAAUCAGAUCUUGACGCAAUAAUGUUUAACCCAGAAUUUGCAUGAGACGUAGUUUGUAUCAGCUAAACCAGUAUCCAUAGUUUGGUACCAGUACAGAAGCCGACUUGUCAUUGUUGUGUAAGGCAACUACGCAUGUUGAAGAAAGUCUAUGUGUGAAGUCUAAUUCCGAAAAAAAAUGAUGAAGAGCCCAUAGAUUUUGAUGAGACAGCUAAUGGGUUUAUAAAGAAGGCACGAAUACAUUUUAAAAAUUCAUAGUUAUAUUAAUGAAGCAUUUUUCAGUUGACACAUCUGAAAAGAGUUUCUGUUCAGAAUAAAAGGUUUGAAAAGUAUUUUCCGUAUUUGAGUGAUUUUACAAGUGUGGUAUAGUCAAUUUACAAUUUGCUAAUAGCAAACUCCCACAUCCUAAAUCUGUGACGUCACGGUUUUGUUAGAUACAUCCGGGUAUAAGUCAUACAAU